AGACAAAAGAUCGCUGACGCUUUCUACGUACCAUAAUACCAAUCUCUCUCGUUGGGGUUCAACAUUCAACAUUCAACAAGGCGUUUACAGAUAAACGUUGUGUUGCUUCCCUAUUGCAAACUCCGAGGCUUUCUCUAUCACCCGAUCCAACUGGGGGUUGCUUGCCGCUUCCAUUUUUUCCAUUUACCCAAACUCCUUCCUAUCUGCUCAAACACACUCCUUUCAUUCUGGGUUUCUCAAUUAGGCCAUCAAGAAACAUUUCAUUGAACUUAAGAAGAAGGGAAGGUGCGUAGUUUAGAAAGAUGAGUAAGCUGGAUGCAACCAGAGCAGAACUUGCUCUUCUAGUUCUGUACUUGAAUAAAGCAGAAGCCAGAGACAAAAUAUGUAGAGCUAUUCAGUAUGGCUCCAAAUUCUUAAGUAAUGGUGAGCCUGGCACAGCACAAAAUGUUGACAAAACUACCAGUUUAGCUCGAAAAGUUUUCCGUCUUUUCAAGUUUGUCAAUGAUCUGCAUGGCCUUAUUAGUCCAGUUCCUCAAGGAACUCCCCUUCCUCUUAUUCUUCUGGGAAAGUCGAAAAAUGCAUUGCUAUCGACUUUUCUAUUCCUUGACCAAAUUGUUUGGCUCGGGAGAACAGGCAUCUAUAAGAAUAAGGAACGCACUGAACGUAUUGGAAGGAUUUCUUUGUUCUGUUGGUUGGGCGCUUCAUUCUGUACGGUGUUAGUCGAGAUUGGAGAGAUCGGUAGGCUAUCUGCUGCAAUUAAGAAGCAAGAGAAGGAUUUUAAGAAUAAGGAUAGCAAUCGACACCAAGACGAGAAAUACCGUGCAAAUCUUAAAAAAUCAAAUGAAAGGUCCCUGGCCCUGGUUAAAGCAUCCAUGGAUUUGUUUGUUGCUGUUGGACUACUUCAGUUGGCACCAAAGAAAAUUACGCCCCGUGUCACAGGCGCUCUUGGAUUUGUUAGCUCACUGAUCUCUUGCUAUCAGUUGCUUCCUCCUGCAUCGAAAGCGAAGGCACCGUGAAGAAGGAAAGCAAAAUCCCAGUGGAGUAGACGAAUGAAUAAGCAGUUGAAUUUGUGUGUUGUUAAAAGGGUAUGUGGUUUAAAGUAGUUUGGAGCCCACUAGAAAGGGGUAGGGUGACCUUGAAAUGUUUGUUGGAUCAAAUAAUAGAUGCUGUUGUUGGAGUUGUAGCAUCCUUGAAAUUUCAUUCUUGUUAUAGCAUGUUUUGAUUGAGAACU